GGUGGGGUGGGGGGGACCAAUGACUGCAGAUUGGCUAGGGCACAGCGAGGUCUGGGCCGGAGCCCCGAGGUGGGAGGUGCCUGGAUCACUCCGGCAGCGGAGCGGAGCAGAGACUGCCACCUACUUGGACGACCGAACAGCGGGGACGGCUGCAGGGUCCAACCCGGCCGGGGCGCACACGGGCCAACCGGGGGACGAGCACCGAGCCGUCGGGGCGGGCGGGGACAUCCAGCCAUGAGGGUGGUGGAAGGCGCGUGGACGGCCGCCCUGGCGCUGCUGCUCGGGGCGCUGCAUGGGGCUCCGGCGCAGGGCCAGGAGUACGACUACUAUGGCUGGCAGGCGGAGCCGCUGCACGGCCGUUCCUACUCCAAGCCACCGCAAUGCCUCGACAUUCCCGCCGAUCUGCCACUCUGCCACACGGUGGGUUACAAGCGCAUGCGGCUGCCCAACCUGCUGGAGCACGAGAGCCUAGCCGAGGUAAAGCAGCAGGCGAGCAGCUGGCUGCCGCUGCUGGCCAAGCGCUGCCAUUCGGACACCCAGGUCUUCCUCUGCUCGCUCUUCGCGCCUGUCUGCCUAGACCGGCCCAUCUACCCGUGCCGCUCGCUGUGCGAGGCCGUGCGCGCCGGCUGCGCACCGCUCAUGGAGGCCUAUGGCUUCCCCUGGCCCGAGAUGCUGCACUGCCACAAGUUCCCCCUGGACAACGACCUCUGCAUCGCGGUACAAUUCGGACACCUGCCUGCCACCGCGCCUCCAGUGACCAAGAUCUGUGCCCAGUGUGAGAUGGAGGACAGUGCUGACGGCCUCAUGGAGCAGAUGUGCUCCAGCGACUUUGUGAUCAAGAUGCGCAUUAAGGAGAUCAAGAUAGACAAUGGGGACCGGAAGCUGAUUGGAGCCCAGAAGAAGAAGAAACUGCUCAAGGCAGGCCCCUUAAAGCGCAAAGACACCAAGAAGCUGGUCCUGCACAUGAAGAACGGUGCAGGCUGCCCCUGCCCACAGCUGGACAGCCUCACAGGCAGCUUCCUGGUUAUGGGCCGCAAAGUGGAGGGGCAGCUGCUGCUUGUGGCCAUCUACCGCUGGGACAAGAAGAACAAGGAAAUGAAGUUUGCGGUCAAGUUCAUGUUCUCCUACCCCUGUUCGCUCUACUACCCUUUUUUCUAUGGGGCAGCUGAACCCCACUGAAGGACCCUCCUCCUUGCCCUAGCCAGCCAGCUGUGCCUUGCCCUCUGUCCCUGCCCACCUGGCCCCACCCCCCACUCCCAGGCUAACCCAGCCCCUGGCAAAGGUGGCCUCGUGAAACUACUACUUGCUCAGGCUCCCUCCUUGACUGAAGGGUCCUGGAAUCCUGGGGUCUACUGGGGGCUCCCACUCUCAAGGGAGGGACUUUCUCUUCUGGGGGAAGCCCAGAAAGCAGGCAGAGGAGAAAAAGGUGAAGGAAGGAUGCAGGGCCUCCCGCAGCCUGGGGAGGGAGUUUCCAGGAAGAAUAGAGGGAUCUUAAGGGGCAGCUUCCCUCCCACAGGCCCUUCAUGUGUCACCACAGGCCUCCACGUCCUCCAGCCACACCCACUCCUCCUCUGGAGCCCUGCUGGACAGGAGUGGGCUCAGCAGCUCCUGGCGUCGUCAUACAAGCUCGCCUCCUGGCUCUCGCCUCAGCGCCCCACACCCUCUGUCCCAAACCCAACAAUAAAUUAUUGCUACUGCUGUGAGACCACUGGUUUUAGACGACAGGUUUGGUUCUUAAUAUUUUUUUAAAGUUUUUAAUUAAAUAAAAUAAAAUUGUUGCUUUGUA